AUGGAAAUUCUUGUCAGUUCUUUAUACAGAAAGAUUUUGCAUUUGCUUCCUCAUCAUGGACUUCUUGGUUCUCGCUUGAAUCCUUGUCAUCACCUGCUAAGACAAUAUUCCUGUUCUAAGACCGAUCUGGUUACAGCUGCUGAGCUGGUCAGCCACUGGCAAGAUGUGUUUGAAGCAAAUGAGAUCCCUGAAGCACAGGCAUCUUCUGAGUAUAUUGUUUCCCACGUCCUGGGAGCAAAAACAUUCCAGAGCUUGAGUGCCAGCAGCAUCUCGACUCCCCUCUCAGCAAAGCAACAGGAGCAGGUCCAGCAGCUGUGUGCAAAACGGCUACAAAGAAUGCCUGUCCAAUAUGUCCUUGGUGAGUGGGAUUUCCAGGACUUGACACUCAAGAUGAAACCUCCAGUUUUCAUACCCCGGCCAGAGACAGAGGAGCUAGUUUCCCUUGUCAUGGCUGAUAAAUACAAGAGAAAAUUGUCUUCAGUAUCCCUCAAGAACAUCUGGCAGCCCCCAGAUCCUCUUGGCCCUGUGAUUUUGGAGAUUGGCUGUGGAUCGGGAGCCAUUGUGUUGAGUCUCCUGAGAAAGCUGCCCCAGAGCCGGGCAGUUGCCAUAGAUAGAUUAGAAGCUGCUGUGAAUCUCACAAAGGAGAAUGCUGAAAGGUUACAGCUGCAGAAGAGGAUAAAAAUUCUUCACCAUGAUGUCUCUUCAAGUUCCUGGGAAUGCUUGCUGCCUUGGGGUUUGGUAGACACUAUAAUCAGUAAUCCACCUUACGUUUUCCAUGAAGACAUGAGUCACUUGGCAGCAGAGAUCCUUCGCUAUGAGGACCUUGAUGCCCUAGAUGGAGGACAUGAUGGGAUGAAUGUUAUCAAAGAAAUUCUGAACCUCGCCUCUUACAUCCUCAAAGAUUUUGGGAGUGUAUUUCUGGAAGUUGAUUCCAGACAUCCAGAGAUGGUAAAGAACUGGCUGCACAGUCACCCUGACUUAUCUCUCUUUGUGUCUGCCAUCCACAAGGACUUUUGUGGAAAGCCAAGGUUCUUACAUAUCCAAAAAUAUGAGAGAAGGUCAUGAAUAGUUCUGACC